AUGAAAUCUGUCAUCAUCUGGACACAUGAUCAUCUCUUUCAGAUCUCAAUAUGUUCUCUCAUUAUAUCUUAUUUGUUUUAUGAAUUGUAUUGGAAACGAAGGAAGUUGCCCAAAGGGCCAACUCCUUUACUAGUAGCCGGCAACAUGCCAGCCUUUAUUUCAGGUAGUUCUAUUGAUGAUCUCUUCCAAUUUUGGAGAAAAACAUACGGUGGUAUCUUUACUGUUUGGAUUGGACCAACACCUCUUGUCAUGAUAUGCGAUAUGGAAUCGAUUAAAAAAUAUUUUGUUGUAAAUGCCGAUAAGUUCAGUAAUCGAUGGAGAAAUUAUGUGACGGACACAUUUAUGGGUGGAGUUAAUGGAGUCGUUCAAAUUGAUGGAGAUAAGUGGAGGGAACAACGACGAUUCUCAUUGCAUGUUCUACGUGAUUUCGGUGUCGGCCGAGCUUUGAUGGAACAGAAAAUAAUGUUUGAGGUCGAUGCCUUUGUUGAUUACUUAGGACAGAUUGAUGAGCCCAUUGAAAUGCACAGUCCUAUCGCUGUGUGUGUUGGUAAUAUCAUAAUGAAUCUACUGUUCGGUGAAAGAUUUCCUCAAGGUUCGGAGGAGAUGCAUCAUCUUCAUGGAUUAUUGGAUCAACAAUCUCAGUUAGUCGUUAAUCCCAUUAUGGGAUUAUACAUAGCUUUACCGUUCACUUCCAAAAUUCCGUUGUUGAACAUGAAAUGGAACGAACUAAUGAAAUUAAGAAACCACUUGUGGAACUUCUUAGAAGAGCAUAUCCAGAAGCACAGAGAAACUUUCGAGAACGAUCUGCCUUAUGAAGAUGACUUUACUUACAAGUAUAUGGAAGAAAUGAAGAAGAGACAAGAAACCUCUGAUGAUAUGGGAUACUUCGAUGAGUGGCAAAUGAAAAUGCUCUUAUUGGAUCUGUUCUUCGCUGGAAUGGAGACAACUGUGACGACUCUGAAAUGGGGAUUCUUGUUGGCCACUAUUCAUCAAGAUGUACAAAAGAAGAUACAAGAAGAGCUCGAUAGUUGUCAAAACGAACAAAUCACCCUUUGCGAUCGACCGAAUCUACCGUAUACACAAGCUUGUAUUAAUGAAAUUCAAAGAGUCGCCAAUAUUCUUCCAAUCAAUCUUCUGAGGACAACUUCAGAAUCUGUUGAGCUAGAUGGUUAUCAAUAUCCCAAAGGCACCUUAGUCAUUCCUCAAAUAUCAAUUCUAAUGCAGGAUCCGACUAUAUUUGAAAAUCCUCAUCAAUUCAAUCCAAAUCGUUUUUUGACAACCAGUGGCAAAUUACGACGUUUUGAAGAAUUUAUUCCAUUUUCAAUCGGCAAACGACAAUGCCUUGGAGAAUCGUUAGCACGAGCGGAACUGUUUUUAGUUUUUGCAAAUCUUCUGAAGAAGUAUAGCUUCACAUCAGAUGAUGUUCAAUUAUCAACACAACGAAUACUGGGAUUGACAGUCUCACCGCCGAAAUACAAAUGUCUGGUAAAAUCCCGUGAGAAGAGCUUGAAACGUGAUCUGAAUUUCAACAUCAUAAGUUGA